UUAAAAUAAAUUUUAUCUCAAAUAUUCGGACAGAUUAAAAAAAACAAAAGAAAGAAUCAAAUCUGAAGAAAUAGUUUCAUAUAUCAUAUCACCCCAAAAACAAAAACCCUUUGGGUUUGAAGCUUCCGACAAUACUUGAUCUACGCCUAUGGCUUCUCCGCGAGCUGUCGAAAAUACAGAGAACAGCUUAGAGAAGAUCAAGCGCCAACUAGCUUCCGCUUCUGGUAGAAACUUAUUGCAAGGACCACUUCUUAAGAGAUCCGAAACUUUGAGGAAAUGGAAUGAGCGUUGGGUGAUCUUGGAUCCAACAACUGGGAGAAUGGAAUACAAGUUAAGAAGAAAUGAGCCAACUGUUAAGGGAACAAUUUUAUUUGAUGCGAAUAGCACCAUUACUGUAUCUCCUGUGAAUUUCAAUGGGCUGCCGAAGUAUGACGGGUGCUGCAUUUAUAUUGGGACACCACAGAAAAAGGAUUACUUCCUGUGCGCGGAGACUCCUGGUGCAGCUAGAGCAUGGGUGUCAACUUUGCAUGCCACUCAGUUGGUUCUAAAAGCUCAUAAAGAAGCUGUGAAUUCCUUAAGUGGGAAUGGUUCUACAAAACUUGGAACUGUUGCAACUGUUGUUGCUGCAGCCAACUCAACAGCCUCGGAAUGUUCUAAAGAAAUUGAAGCAGCAAUGCAGAUUUCUUUGCGAAAUGCUCUGGGAAUGAUGCCAAAUAGGACUACUGAUGGUCCUAUGGAUGAUUUAACAAUCAUGAAGGAAACAUUAAGAGUUAAGGACGAGGAGCUACAGAAUUUGGCUCGAGAUCUUCGGGCACGUGAUUCAACUAUAAAAGAUAUAGCAGAUAAAUUAUCUGAGACUGCCGAAGCUGCCGAGGCAGCAGCAUCUGCUGCUUAUACUAUGGAUGAGCAAAGGAGAAUUGUUUGUGCAGAAAUGGAGCGUUUGAGAAAAGAUUAUGUGCAGAAGCUAGAGGAAUCUGAAGAAAAAAUUGCGGGCUUAAGCAAAGAAAGAGAGCAAUUAAUCGACCAGAGAGAUGCUGCUACUCGGGAGGCAAAUAUGUGGCGUUCUGAACUGGCAAAAGCUAGAGAGCAUGAUGUGAUCUUAGAAGCAACUGUAGUAAGGGCAGAAGAGAAGGUUAGGGUUGCAGAGGCAAAUGCUGAAGCUAGAAUAAAGGAGGCCGUACAGAGAGAAUCUGCUGCAACAAAAGAGAAGCAGGAACUUCUUGCAUAUGUUAACAUGCUAAAAGCACAACUUCAAAGGCAACACAUUGAUGCAACUCAAGUUGUUGAGAAGACAGAGUCAUGCUCAGAUACAAAGCAUGUUGAUCCUACAGAAGAGAAUGUGGAUAAAGCAUGUUUAAGUGUUUCUAGAGCAAUCCCUAUCCCUGCAGAGAAUGUAGUUCACAUGGCAACAGAUCAGGUAAACAUUCAACCUGUUGGGGACAAUGAAUGGAGCGAUAUUCAGGCGACAGAUGCAAGGAUAGCCGAUGUAAGGGAAGUAGCAGCACCUGAAACUGAUGGAAGCAGCUUGGAUAUUCCAGUGGUUAGCCAGCCAGGUAUCAAUCCUCACCAUGAACAAGGAUCAAACUCUUUCCAUCAGCCCUGAUUAUCACCAAACUUGUACAACAUAGAGAAAUUUUCAACAUUAGAGAAUGUAAUUAUAUACCAUUUUGUUGAUUGUGUGUGUCAACUUUAUUGAUUUUCAUUUUUAUCAGUUGGCUAAUUAAACUGUGUUUUGAUCUACCCUGAAAGGAAGUACCUUAUUUCUGACAAAAAUGUAAUACAACAAGAAACUUUUAACAACAGUUAAGCUCAAGUGAGCUUUCUUGAGGACAAUGGGAUAAGAUGGACUAUUUAAUCUUUAA